CCCUCCAGACCAGUCCAGUCACUCCAGUGACUGUGUUGUGCCCCGCGCGCGCCCACCAUUCGAUCGGCGAGAGCUCUCACCCUGGAACCGGGGGUUGCAUCGCGGUACUCUGCUCGCAGCAAUUCAUGCGACAACAACCAAACAACCCAACUCACUGAUAACAAGCAUAUUAAUACCCAUAACCCGAAAUAAACAAUUAAAUUGUGCUGUGCGUGUUGAUAACAUCUUGAGACUAGCGAAACUUUAAGUGUACGUUUAGUGGUGAACAAAGUGACAAAAUGUCGCACUCGUGUGCGUUGUAAUCCCGAACGCGUUUUGAGAAUCGCCGCCACCACCGCAUUGCGAUUGACUGUUACUUUGCGCAGCGCGACCGCUGCUUCAAGAUGAUGUACUCGCCGGACAAGAUGAUGGGCGCAAAGGGCCCGACUGGAUUGCAUGCGCCCAUCACGUCGACCGGCUCAUGUUUUCCAGGCCGUUAUUCACCGACGUACAGAAGUCCCGAACCGAUGGCACGACGUUGUAUGCCCAAUCCGUCGGUGUGGGAUUGCGGCAGUGAAGCAGAUCAAUUCGAAUCCAAGUGGAAGCCUAGCAUACGAAAGGGUCAUGCGUUCGAAAGCCCAUGCGAUCGUAAGAGAAUGCUUGAAGAUGCGUCGAUAAUGUGCAAUUCCUGGUCACCCAGACACAAUGGUGAUCUUUUCUCGGGGCUCAAUGAUGGUAUUAUCAGCAGGGCGGAAGCAUUGGCGGCUGUUGAUAUUAAACAUCAGAGCGCACCGGUGCCCAGUGGGCUUCCUCAGCUAAAACACGACAUGAUGUAUCAUCAUAGCAUGGGAGCACCACCGCCAGUCAGCCGGCCACAUCAGAUGGGGCACAUGGAUGGCCUGGAAAUGCUGGAUCCCAUCUCGACGUCGUCAAUGACAACACUCACACCCAUGUCAGAGACACCUUCACAUAUGCAUUCCUAUGGUAUGAAUCAUGUGAUGAACCAUCAUCAUCACGGUGGAGGAUUGGGUGGGCAUGGAGCACCAGGACAUCAUCCUGGACACCAUGGUGGACAUCCAGCCGCGCAUCAUCCCAGCGCAAUGGCGGCAGCUGCCGCCGCUGCUGCAGUAGCAGGGUUACAUCCUGAUGCGGACACAGAUCCCCGUGAACUGGAAGCAUUUGCCGAACGCUUCAAACAGCGGAGGAUAAUUGGUGUUACGCAAGCAGAUGUGGGUAAAGCACUUGCCAAUCUUAAAUUACCCGGUGUUGGUGCGCUAUCACAAUCUACCAUCUGCCGAUUUGAAUCGCUCACACUGUCGCACAACAACAUGAUCGCCCUUAAGCCUAUCCUGCAAGCGUGGUUAGAGGAAGCCGAAGCGCAGGCGAAAAACAAACGUCGUGACCCUGAUGCUCCUAGUGUACUACCCGCUGGUGAGAAAAAAAGGAAGAGGACCUCUAUUGCUGCACCGGAGAAACGCUCCUUGGAGGCGUACUUUGCUGUGCAGCCGCGACCCUCCGGUGAGAAGAUCGCCGCCAUCGCCGAGAAGCUCGACCUCAAGAAGAACGUCGUGCGCGUCUGGUUCUGCAAUCAGCGUCAGAAGCAGAAACGAAUGAAUGAAACGACCUUUUAACUCGGGAGCUCGGCCCGCGUCCCCAACGAAUGAAUGAAUGAGAACCACGACGAGGUGUACAUAAAUAACGAGGCGUCGACGCCAGCGACGAGAAGAGGAUAUAGUGUAAAAUGACGCAAAAGACGGGCAUGUCUCGCAUGCCAAAUUAGUACAAUUUUUAUACAAACAAACAAAACAUGACCGAUGAUAAGACGGUAAGAUGAUAUUGUAACCACCAACGUACACAAGACACACAAGAUGAGGACGAAGGUAAUGUUAAUCUAUUGAUAAGCCCAAGAAUAAUCGCGACUAUCACUAUCACGUACCCAAAAUGCAAAUAGUCUAUUAAUUAACUUUGUACAUAUAUUAAUUAAUUACUAGCUGCUAUGAUACUUAAGUCUAGUCAUGAGUCAUUUCUUACGAAACCUGCUCAACCAGUAUUAAACCUACAACAGCAGUGAUAAACUAGUCAAAAUUGAAGAAGAAAAAAACGCGGAAAUUUGUGCAAUAUAUUUUAGGCAAUAUUUGGUUAAUGUGUACAUAUUACUCAAGCAAUAAUUGAUAACCAUUUCGAUCGACUCGGUGGCGAAAUUCAUUUUUGGUACAGGGUAAACAAACAACCAAAAAAACAACAAACAUAUCAAUCCCAGUGAAGUGAAACGAAAACUGAGCAAAUCUGGUUGUUGUACGCGCAUGCGUCAAUGACUCAAAGAUUUGUACGUAUUAACAAUUGCAUUCUAUUAGUUGUUCGAUUGAAAUCUACAAAUCUAUUGUACAUAAACAAGUUAACGUGUAAGCAAAGGAAUAAUAUUAAAGAAAAACAUUGAAAACAUUGUAACUUUGUACAUAUAACGAUAAUAUAUUAAUUAAUUAUUACGAAUCGAUUCACAAUUAAUUGCGAGGUUAUGAUUUUUAGGCUUAUCGUUAGUACAAAAGAAGAAAACAAGUUUUUAUGUUCGUAAGAAAGUAUUGUACAAAUAAACAACGUUAAGCAAUUGAUUUAAAGUUAAACAAAUGAUGAAAAUGCUCACCACAUAUUUAUUAUAACCAAUCAAGAGUCAUGUAAAGAAAAUACAACAUCUGGAUGUGUUAAAUUCAUGUUUUUGUUUCGAUGAUGAUUAUUUAUUAAACGUAUUUAUUUGCAAUAAAGUUACCUAAAUAAAUA